UUUUAUUUCAAUGAAACGCAGCACACCAAACUAACUAUACAUCCUCUCCAUCUCUCUUCGCGCUUCCCUGUCUGUCUCUAUUCUCUCUUUAAUGCUAUCUCUGCGCGUUAGGGUUUGCUGAUCUCAUUCUGCCAUAAUUGGAAUACGGGUUGAGCUUCACUUAAUCAGGAUUUUCAGCCUUAAUCAGAAGAAGCUUGAUGGCUGGACUUUCGGGAUUUGGGAGCCUUGCACCUAAGACCAAGAACUUUGUAGUUGCCGGUGGAUUGACAUCGUUCGUCUUUGGGGUAUAUUUCUACACCAUGAGGGCCGUGGGAGGAACAGAUGAGCUGCAAGUGGCCAUAGAUAAGUUUGAGGGUCAAAAGAACAAGAAAGAGGCUGAACCAAGUUUGCCAUCUAAAGUUUAAUUACAUGUUUACUUGUAUUCUGUUUUGUUGUCUAAAGCGAGAUAAGUUUUUCUUGUUACUCUUUUCCUACAAUAAGUUCUUGCUGGAUUAAUAUUUCUUCAUUAAAUAUCAACACUAUAGAAAUUUAUUUUACUUA